AUGAAAUCUGUCGGCGUUCUAAUGGCCAUCCCAAUGCCGAGCAAUCUCGCCGAAAAACUUGCCAACCGUUUCAACCUCUUCAAACUCUGGACCUACUCUUCAAUCGAAGCUUUCUCCGAAACACACGGUGAUUCUGUUCGUGCAUUCGUUUGCGACGCCAAAUCAUGUGCCGACGCAAAAACUAUCGACGCUCUUCCGAAUCUAGAGAUUGUUUCGACUAACAGCGUUGGAUUUGAUAAAAUUGAUAUCGGAAAAUGUAGAGAGAGAGGAAUUCGAGUUACGAAUACGCCAGAUGUGUUGACGGAUGAUGUUGCUGAUCUGGCUAUUGGUCUUGCUUUGGCUGUGUUCAGGAAGAUUCCGAACAGUGAUGACUUUGUCAAGAAUGGGCUUUGGAAACAUUCUGAUUAUCCAUUAACUACAAAGUUUAGUGGUAAAAAAGUUGGAAUUGUUGGUUUGGGAAGAAUAGGUUCAGCAAUAGCAAAGAGAGCUGCAGCAUUUGGGUGUCCAAUUAGUUACCAUUCAAGAUCUCAAAAACCUGAGGCAGGAUCAUACAAGUAUUACCCUAACAUCCUUGAUUUAGCAACUAACUCUCAAGUACUUGUCGUCGCGUGUGCACUUACCGAACAAACGCGACACAUUGUGAACCGUGAAGUUAUUGAUGCAUUGGGCCCAAAAGGGGUUAUUGUCAACAUUGGACGUGGACCGAUCGUCGACGAACCCGAACUUGUGUCUGCUUUGGUCGAAGGACGGUUAGGUGGAGCGGGGCUUGAUGUGUUUGAGAAUGAACCCGAUGUUCCCGAGGAGUUACUGAGACUUGAGAAUGUUGUGCUCACUCCUCAUGUAGCUAGUGACACUGAAGAAACUUGCAAAGACAUGGCAGAUCUUGUGAUUGCAAACUUGGAGGCUCACUUUAGUGGCAAGCCACUUUUGACACCAGUCUUGUGA